UAAGAAAAGAAAUCCAGACUGUCAAAACUCAAGAGCGGGAAACAACGAUUUCGAAAUGGAAAAGUACCGCCAUUCUAUUCCUUUGUCUUCCCCAAAAGCUUGAUAAUCCUGCUGGCUGGCAAAAAAGGGGAAGAAAAACCAGACCCUCUCUGUAAUUCUCAAAUUUCAAUCAUGGACGACAGCGCCACCACCAACAGCAACCGCUCGUCUAUUAAGCGAUCCUCCUCCACGUCUCCGUCCCUGCAGAUUCCUGCUCCCAAGAGGCGAGUCGUCCUGGGCGAACUCACCAACUUGCCGAUUCAGGACUCGGAUCGGAAGAAACCCAAGAGGAACUGGGUUAAGAGGAAGAGUAACAUGAUGAAGAAAGAAGAGGAGGAGGUCCAUGAGACGGAGAUUGUUUCGAGCUCUGUCGACCAAAGCAAGUCUGAGUGCUCGUCUUCUAUAUAUCAGCAUCUUCACUCCUUGGAGAUGGAGGCAAACAAGAGGCCGUCACCUAGUUACAUGGGUAGGGUGCAAAAUGAUAUUUCACCAAAAAUGCGAGGAAUUCUGGUGGAUUGGUUGGUGGAGGUUGCAGAGGAAUACAAGCUUGUUACAGACACCCUUUAUCUCACUGUAUCGUAUCUUGACAGAUACCUUUCUUCAUAUGCUGUCAGCAGGAGCAAGCUACAGCUUCUUGGUGUUUCUUGCAUGAUUGUUGCCUCAAAAUAUGAAGAGAUUUGUCCUCCACAUGUUGAGGACUUCUGCUAUGUAACCGAUAAUACCUACAUCGUGGAAGAGGUGUUGGAAAUGGAGAGGGAUGUGGUCAAAUUUUUGAACUCUGACACCGGACCUCCUACAACAAAGAAUUUCCUCAGACUCUUCACCAAAGCUGCCCAGGACAAUUACAACUCUGCUGGUGUGUUCGAAUACUUGAGUUGCUAUCUUUCGGAGCUAAGUUUGUUAGACUACAGCUGUGUCCAGUUCCUACCAUCAGUUGUUGCUGCAUCAGCUAUUUUCCUUUCGAGGUUCACGAUCCAACCUGAUGUGCAUCCUUGGAGCUUGGCGUUGCAGUCCUAUACCGGUUAUAGACCAUCCGACUUGAGAAUGUGUGUCCUUGCCAUUCAUGACUUGCAGUUGAACAGAAAACCAAGCUCUUUGCGAGCAAUAAGAGAAAAAUACGCCAGGCCACAGAAUAAAAGCGUGGCCAAACUGUCUUCGCCCUCGGAAAUUCCUGGAGCUUACUUUGAGGCCAUCUACCCAUGAACCGUUCAAGUUUUCCACACAAACACAUUUCCUAGGAGCAAGCUGAAGGAACAUAUUACCUCAGGUUUGGAGCAACUCUGGAGAUUAUGCUGAAUAUAAUUUUUUUAUUUUUUCUUCAGAAAAACACAAUGUUUGUUCUCUGGACCCAAAUAUCUGUAAAUUUACAUGGACGUGGAAUAAGGGAUUGCAUUUUUGUUGAA